GUCUUUUUAAGUAGGCUUACACAAUGGAGGUCUCCAAGAAGAGCCUGAGAGGACUGUGGAUUUUGUUGCUCAUAUCCGAUGCAAUCAAAGAUGUGGUGGGACUUUGCUCUAAACCGUCCCUCAGCAAAAACGCUGUGUUAGACCCAUCUGACAUCUUGUGGGGAUCUUUUGAUGAGAAGUCUACUCUGGCACUGCAAUGCCUCCCUGGAUUUGAACCAACUGCAGCAUCACCUCAAACGCUCACCUGUGAGGGUGGCCAAUGGGAACCGGCUCCAGGAAGUUUCAUCUGCCAGACUAAGUCCAGAGCCUAUACAUCGCUUACAUGUGGGCUUCCUCCAGCUAUUCCCAGUGGUCAGGUGCAGUUCAAGUCUGGACAAGAGCUGCAGUAUGUUUGCAGCCCUGGCUUUACCCUGCGCAGAGACAGUACUACAUCAUCUGACAGAGUCCGUUGCUUGGGAAAUGGAUCCUGGUCUAAAGAGCCACAGUGUGUAGCUGUCUGUACCACUCCUCUGGGACUGAAGGAUGGGCGGAUUACGAAUAGACAGAUGACGGCCUCCACUGUCCUCGUUGAAACAUUUUGGGGGGGAAUUUGGGAUGCCCACCGCGCACGUCUGGACAACGAGGAUAGGGUCAACGCCUGGUCUCCUUAUGAAAGCGACCGUUCACAGUGGCUUCAGGUCGACCUGAAUCGCCCAAAGACUGUCACGGGGAUCGUCACUCAGGGGGCCAAGGACUUUGGGUUCUCCAAAUACGUCACGAAAUUCAAAGUAGCGUACAGUAAUAAUACUUACUCUUGGACAGUAGUUUCCAGUGGUGGAGAAGAAACGAUAUUCCAAGGGAAUACUGACGACGAUGGACACCAGACGAACAUGUUUGAUCCUACAUUUGAUGCCCGCUACGUUCGUUUCCUGCCCUGGGAGUGGCACGACCGAAUAACCCUCCGCAUGGAGCUGCUGGGCUGCUAGGCUAUAUCUCACCCCUGGAUCAUCCCAGACAGUUAAAGCGAGGGUCCUUCCACCCUUGCGAAAAAGAGA